AUGCCAAUCCUCGAGAAAGUCCGGAGGAAGCUAUCGCGCUCCAAGUCCGCAGGUGGCCCAGGCAUCAAACCAACUCACGACAGCGACAACGACAACGACAACGACGACGCCGGAGACCACCGCUUCCGCAUCGACCCAUCAUGGCCCACGACGGCUUUGUCUCUGAGCCCAUCCGACGAGAACCUCGUGUCCAAACUCGCAUUCUCAGCGGACACGGAAUUCAUCGAACGACCGCCGCGGCUCCGAAGGCCGUCGUCGGUGGCGGGCACACAAUAUUCUGAACGAACAGUCUUCAACAACGUCGAGUCCGGCUUCUUGUCGUUGCCGACCGAACUGUUGAUGUUUCUACAACCGUACCUGACGCCCAGCAGCGAGGUGGCGCUCCGCCACACCUGUUCCCGGUUUUUCCACCUGUACACGCUCCCGUCGUUCGUGCUCAAGGGCAAAGACCUCUUCGAGUUUCUGUGCAUGACGGAACGCGACCAAGACCCCGCGGACCUCGACCGGCUCGUGUGCAGCAAGUGCCAGGAGCUGCACAUCAAGACGACGUUCCCGUCGUCGGAGCUGUCGCAGCCCCCGACGUCACGCGACUGCCGCACGAUCUGGCUCUGCGCGCACCGCACGCUCGGCUACUCCAAGACGAUCCGCAGCGUCAAGGCGGGCGUCGAGGCGCCGUUCCGCGUCGAGACGCUCGACCCGUGCUCGCGGUGCCGCAACUUCAUCCGCACGCGCUCCGUCGCCGAGCGUCCGGAGAAAGGGACAUCGCUGAUGGACCUCGAGAGUCCCAAGGCGCAGUCGCUCCUGGUCACCAAAAUCGCGCUCCUCCAGGCGCCGUCGCCGUCGCCGCACAACCACUCACGCCACACGCUGCGCGACCGCACCUCGGGCGGCAGCGGCACGUACAAGGAAGUGUUUUCGGCGAAGGACGUGUCCGACGCGUUGGCCGCCAUCGACUUCCGCCUCUGCCCCCACAUGAAGCUGGGCGACCCUUACAUCCUCAGUAAGUUCUGCAGGGCGUGCAUCAACACCCAACGGCUCCCCGUCGGCGUGAGGGGUCCCCCGUGUAUAAGUGAUUGGAAGAAACGUGACGCGAUCGACCUCAUCGACUGGGACGGCAACGGCAACAACUACAGCUACAACUACAACUUCAACACCAACAACAACACCAGCGGCGGCAGGUUUCGACGCGGCGUCGGCGGGGGCGGCGGGAACGGCGGCGGUGGCAGCAAGUGUAAAGGGUCAUGCUACACGCGAGGCUGCAAGACGCAGUUCAUGUUCCAGGCUCGCGAAUCCCUGUCCCCCGACGCGUCGGGCCGGAGACAAGUGUGGCUCGUCGUCGCCGUGUACCGGUGGCUGGGCCCCCUGCAGACCGACGGCCGCGGCGAAUCCACCUGGACCGACCACGCCGUCGACCACCGGGAGCGCAGGGACAUGCGAGGACGCUGGGCCGAGUGGGAGAGGCAGCAGAGUCGCGGGGCCGCGGGGAAACCGCCGUGCAUGCCGAACUGGAGUAUUUGUUUGUUGCACCCUGAAGAUUCGAACUUGAGAUGA